AUGACGGACUUCUCCAAGCUCCUGAACGAGCUCAUGGGCGAGGAGCGCGACGUCCUCCCCGAGGAGCGCUCGAACCGCGCGCGGCAGUUCUCCGAUCGUGACGUCUGCAAGUACUACAUCUGCGGCUUCGACCUCGACGUCUUCAAGAACACGAAGAGCGCGGAGGACGUCUCGCGGCACGUGCUCCCCGAAGACGCGGGCAAGAGAAAGGACGACGACAUGAGAGCGGCGUGGGAGGCGCUCCCGGACGACGAGCGCGCGAAGUACCCGUACGAGCGCGAGACGAAGCGGUUGCUCGACCGCCUCAUCUUCGAGUGCGAUCGUCGCGUCGCGAGGAGCGUCGCGCGGUGCGAGCAAGCGCGCGAAGUCCCGACGAGGGCGUUCACGCCCGAGGAGCAGAAAGUCCUGGACAAGUACAGCGAGCAGAUCAAGGAGAUCAGCGCGCGCGCGGAGGCGCUCGGCGAGGAAGGCGACGUCGACGGCGCGCAGGCGGAGUUGUCGAAGAUCGAAUCCCUGCAGAGCUCGCGCGAGCUCGUGUUGAAUCGACUCAAGCCGCAAGCGGGACUCACGGCGUGCACGGUCAGCGGCGUGCUGCUCAGCGCGCAGGACAACGAGUCGCGGCGCGAGGAGCACUUACACGGGAAGCAGUACCUGGGGUGGAAGCGCCUGAGGGAGCUGAGGGACGAGCUCGGCGCGCGGCUGCUGUCGUACCGAGAGAAGCGGCUUCCCGGGCACUGGGACCCGAGAGACGCGUCGCGAGGAGGAGGAGGAGGAGGAGGAGGAGGAGGAGGAGGAGGAGGGGGAGGGCGCGGGGAGGGCGGCGGGAGGGCGGCGGCGGCGGCGGACGCGUCGCGCGGGGGACGGGGACGGGACGCGAGGGACUCGCACGCGCCGGGCGGGGACGACCGAAGGACGCGGGACAGAGACAGAGACAGAGACAGAGACCGAGACCGAGACCGAGACCGCGGCCGCGACGGGAGCAGAGACCGCGAGAAGGAUCGCGACCGCGAUCGAUCUCGCGACCGCGGACGCGAUCGAGGAAGGGACGGAAAAAGCCGCCGGCGCGAUCGAAGCGCGAGUCGGAGCGCGAGCGGCGGGCGACGAGAGCGGCGCCGCGACCGCGACCGCGACCGCGACCGGAGCGGCGGGCGCGGGAGUCGGAGUCGGAGUCGGGAACGGGAACGGGAGCGGAAGGAAAAGAAACGCAGGCGCGAUAGGGACCGGAGCAGGGACCGGGAUCGUCGUAGGGACGACGACGAGCGCGACUACGACCCGAGGGAUUCGCGGCCUUACGACUCCAGGGACUCGCGACGGUGA